UAGCGACCGACAAUGAUAUUAGGAAGCAGCAGGGUACGGGGUGGUGAGGGGUGGGUAACUCCUGCCUGAUAAGUUGUCACGUUGAGAAAUGGACCCCUCAACCACACCCUGUUUUCUGUUUUUUGACUACUUAAUUACGUACUACUAUUAUUUGAGAAAUGGCAGUGGGCGUAGGAGUAAUAUUUCAGUAAAAAGAGGAGGGGGAGGAGUAGUAUACUUUUGCCAGGAACGCAAGACUGGACCUCGACGCCAUCCUAAUUUGUCAACUCUCAGCUUCCGAAAUCAUCUAUCAUCUAUCAUUUAUCAUUUAUCAUUUAUCAUCUAUCAUCUAUCAUCUAUCAUCUAUCAUCAUCUACCACAAUCAUUCAUUCUUAGGGUUGUAAAUAAAUUCAGUUAGAUUGUUUGAUCCUCGCUUAGGGUGGGGCUAUCAAAUUCAACUUCCCUCCCCGUUGGGACGGAUCUGAUUGCUGCUUCUCUUUAACCAUUACUCACUUCACUCCCAACAAUCUUCCUUCCUUCCAUGGGCGAGUGGGUCGUUGGAGCCGUUAUCAACUUGUUUGGAAGCAUUGCCAUUAACUUUGGAACCAACCUACUUAAAUUAGGCCAUGACGAGAGGGAGAAGCAUUCUGUGCUGGGUAAUGAGGGAACAAAUGUAAAGUCUACAAUGAAGCCAAUUAUAUACUUCCAGAAAUGGAGAGUUGGUAUUCUAUUCUUUGCUAUAGGAAAUUGUCUCAAUUUCAUUUCAUUUGGAUAUGCUGCUCAGUCACUUCUAGCAGCUUUGGGAUCUAUACAAUUUGUCUCGAACAUAGCUUUUGCCUAUUUUGUUUUGAACAAAACAGUGACAAUCAACGUACUGGUAGCCACUGCCUUUAUUGUUCUUGGGAAUAUCUUCCUUGUAGCCUUUGGCAACCACCAGUCACCUGUUUACACGCCGGAGCAGUUGGCUGAGAAGUACAGCAACAUGACGUUUCUUCUUUACUGUCUCACUUUGGUCUUAGUUGUUGCUUUACAUCAUUCAAUAUACAAGAGAGGAGAACUAAUGCUUUCUGUCCCGAUGAAUGAAAGUAAGCCAUAUUGGCAUAUGUUGCUUCCAUUUUCAUAUGCAGUUGUUUCAGGUGCUGUUGGAUCAUGUUCAGUAUUGUUUGCGAAGUCUCUUUCAAACAUGUUAAGAUUGUCCAUGUCAAGUGGUUAUUCAUUGCACAGCUGGUUCACGUAUUCCAUGCUCCUGCUGUUUCUUAGUACAGCUGGAUUUUGGAUGGCAAGGCUAAAUGAAGGACUUUCAUUCUUUGAUGCAAUACUUAUUGUCCCUAUGUUUCAAAUCACUUGGACAUUUUUCUCCAUUUGUACAGGAUUUGUGUACUUUCAAGAAUACCAGGUUUUUGAUGCAUUAAGAACGACAAUGUUUAUUCUUGGAAUGAUUUCUGUGUUUGUGGGCAUUUCUUUGCUUGCGCCAGAUGAAUCAAAAGUAAUUUCUGCAGGAGGUGAAGUGAAGGAUGGUUCUUUAGUUUCAACUUCAAAUUUGUCGCAGGAUGAGGAGAGGCUGUUGAUGCCAUCGGAAGACUCCCAAAUUAAGGAUAUAAAAUCAUUUGGACGAGUCAUGCUGAUAAAAGCUGCAAAUAUGAUUGUCAAGGCAAAGGCUGCAUGUUCAGUAUCACUAGGCUUUGGAGAAGACUCGCUUCAUGCAUCUUCAGUGUUGGUAAUGCCCAUGGUUUCAUCGAAAAUAACAGGCUUCCGAGGAGGUGGUCUUGAUCGGGCUAAAUUAUUAUCUGCCCGAGGAUCAGGUUGGAACAAAUUCACAGUUGAUAAGGAUAGUGAGACAAUCCUGGAGACAACUGCAAUGCUGCCCCAAGUUAUCAACUUGGACUAGGAGAGCAUGGCAAUUGGUUUGUGGAGACGGACGUUAUAUCUUCCUCCCUGUGGGGAAGAUAUUCAAGGGUGUCUUUACUUCCCAUUUACUAAUUGUACACUUAAUUCAAGGGUGUCAGAAGACAGCAUAUGCUGGGACGGGGCGGUGAACAGGAUAUGUUUUAGAGGUAGAGCUUGCUAGCCUGAUUUGGAAGGGGAAUAUGCUAAGUACGUUGAUGAAAACACUGUAUAGAAUAUUCAUUUAUCUCUUUUUAUUUUAUUUGAUUAAUAUAGGCAA